AUGUUUAGCAGUGAAAGUAUGUAAGAGCAUAUUUUGUAUGACAAAAUCUAUUAAUACCUAUGGGUGAAGUCGGAAACUGCUAACCCUCCUGCCAUUCUCAUUCCUGACACUGUCAUUCUUAUUCGUUCUAUGCCGAUUUAUUGGUAUUAUACAGAUAAGGAAACUGGGGAAAUCAAAAAGAAGAUGAGAAAGAAUGUUACCAAACAAAAUAUCAAGCAAACUUGGAAUCAACAAGUUGGCAGAGGAGGUGUUGUAGCAUACCUUUUACAUUUUAUGUAUGCGUUGUUCCCUACUAAUUUGCAAGUGAUAACUUAGAUCUCAAUUACCCUCCAGAAAAGUUUCAAAUCAGUGGCCAAAUCCAAGUGAUAUACUUUGAUGUUGAAGGAUUCAAUAAGUUUAUGGAUGGGCACUUCGAAUUACCUUUUGGUAUUCUCUAACAAUUCAUUGAACCAGCAGAUGAUCGCAAUUGUAAAUUAGCAAACCAUUAUUUAAUAGCCCAAAUCCAAGCCUUCUGGAGUAAAUCAGUCACUCUCUUCACCAAAAGAGUUUGCAAGAAAUCGUUCACCAACAAGUCCAUGAAUAUCUACGAACGACAUUGCACUUUUGAAGGACCUGAAUAUUUCAGCGAAGCAAGUACCAUCAUCUUCUUCAUAGUUCAUCCCCAGCUUAAGUCAAAGAUUUCUAAUCCCAGAGAAUCUCGGAACAAAUUGAUAAAAUGAUCUCUCAUCUAGAUGCCAUCUCUUACGGAAAAUUGAAUAUCUCAUAAGGCACUUUCUAUUUCAAAGUAGACAAGAAAGCCAGAUGUUGGUUCCUUUUUUGUGGCAAUCUCAAAUUUGAAGAUGAUAAACAUCUGAAAAAUCUACCCAAAGAUCUCUACACCCAAUCUCAAAUCAAAGUAUUAUUUCCUUCUACUGACCAAGAUCCCAAAAUCAAUCGAUAAUUUGAUGUCUGUCUAUAAUUCCAGACCUCUCUAAUUGAAUAGAGAACACAAGUGCAUUCGAUGUGGUUAAUUGGAAAAGGGAUCCAACUUUAUAGAAGUUCCUUAUCACUUCCUUAUUGAUUUACCUGAAAAUCCACUCCCUGUUGAAAAGUGGCCUCUUGAAAUCAAGAAAUCAGCCAAACAAGUCAAACUCAGCGGAGCCAACCAAGAGAAGGUUGCAUAUGUCAAUACUAUCUCUUAAAUCCCAAUGACCUUCUAGAAAAUACACGAACAAAUCAACAUUCAAAACUACUCAGAGUUCAAGUAGUCGCAAGGAUUUAAGUACAAAACCAUCGCAGUUUGUCUAGAUUGUUACUUCGUUAUGGGUAUAUAGAAAUGUCAUAUUGUAGUUGAAAAUCAGGAGAAAAUUGCUAUGCAAGAAGUUACCUCGAAGGAGAAGACCAGUAUUCCGAGAGUGAGAUCUAAGCAAUUUCAAAGGAAAGAAUAAAAUCUUAACCAAUUUUUGAACUCAACUCCAUUAUUCAAAUAAGUUAAGUCUGUGAAGAUCUUCAAAAUGAAAGAGGCACCUACGCAGACACCAACUCCUAAGCAAAAUACAAUAUAAAAGUAUGUAAAUCUCAGAUUGAAUAAUUGUAAAUCAAUAACCCCGAUAAAAUAUUCAAUCGAAAUGCCUUCAACAGCUGACUAUUUGUCUAGGAAGACCAAAUCUACCUACUAGGAUUUGAGUACAACCUACAAAUUCAAGAAUAGCAGAGAAAAUUACAACUAAUCAUUGCAAGAUAGAUUAUAAAAUAGAUUGAUAGAAAUAAAGGAUGAAUAAGAAUGA